UAUAAAAAAAAAAAAAAAAAAAAAGGAAAGGAAAACCCAUGCGAAGCAUGGGUGUGAAUUGUGAUUAGGGUUUUGACAGGGUUUCCGAUCAGCGAAGCGAGCGAGGAUGAAGAUAGCGGUGGAAGGGUGCAUGCACGGCGACCUGGAGAAUGUGUACAGAACCCUUCAGCAGCUGGAGAAAUCCAACAACACCAAAAUCGACCUCCUCAUAUGUUGCGGCGAUUUCCAAGCCGUGAGGAACGAGAACGACUUGAAGAGCUUGAACGUCCCACCGCGCUACCGCGCCAUGAAUACUUUCUGGAAGUACUACUCCGGCGCUGAGGUUGCCCCGUACCCCACCAUCUUCAUCGGCGGCAACCACGAAGCAUCCAAUUACCUCCGGGAACUGUACUAUGGAGGAUGGGCUGCUCCUAAUAUCUACUUCUUGGGAGCUGCUGGAGUGGUGAGGUUUGGGAAUGUCCGAAUUGGUGGCCUCUCUGGGAUUUACAAUUCUCGUCACUAUAAAUUAGGACAUUUUGAGAGGCCUCCUUAUGAUCAGAAUACCAUUAGGUCUGUUUAUCAUGUUCGCGAAUAUGAUGUUCGCAAACUAAUGCAAGUCAGGGAGCCUGUUGAUGUUUUUCUUUCGCAUGAUUGGCCGCUGUGUAUCACUGAUUAUGGGGAUUGGAGGGAGCUUGUUAGGCGCAAGCAUUUUUUCAGGCAAGAGAUAGAGGAAAAAAGACUUGGGAGUAAACCUGCUGCUGAACUUCUGGAAAAACUGAAACCACAUUAUUGGUUUUCAGCUCACCUACACUGCAAGUUUGCUGCUGUUGUUCAACAUGGGGAAGGAGGUCCACUGACAAAAUUCCUUGCGCUGGAUAAAUGUAUUCCUGGGCGUGAUUUCUUACAGAUUGUGGAAAUUGAAUCGGAUGCAGGGCCUUAUGAGAUUCAGUAUGAUGAAGAAUGGUUAGCAAUAACACGGAAGUUCAACCCUAUCCUCCCUUUGACAACCAAAGGUGCAGACUUCAGAGGUGUAAAUCUUGAGAUGGACGAUUCUCUUGAAUGGGUUAGAAGCAGGCUACAAGAGAGGGGGUGCAAACCUUUCGAAUUUGUUAAAACAGCUCCAUGUUAUGAUCCUUCACGGUCCAAUUUUGAUGGUGCUUUUGCUGUGAAUCCCCGAAAUCCUCAGACAGAAUCUCUUUUGCAGCUUCUGGAACUUCCAUAUCUUCUCGAUAGCAAUCCUGAAGCAAAGGACUUGUCACCUUAUCCUUCUUCAAUUCAAAGAGGCAUUGGUUUUAAUAGCGAGGACAUUCCCAUUGAUGAUGUGGAUGAUGAUGAUGAUGAUGAAAGUAUUGCUCCUAUGGAGACAAGAACAGGAUUUCUUUCCAUAGCAAUCUCUUCUCUUUGUAUGUUUUCUUUUGUUGCCCUUGUUAAGGCUAGCCUCUCUUUCAACUUCUAUGCAGCUUCAUGCCCAUCAGCAGAGUUAAUCAUAAGAGACAUAGUCAUCUCAUCCUCUUCUACUGAUCCUUCCAUUCCUGGAAAGCUCCUUCGCUUGGUUUUCCAUGAUUGCUUUGUGGAGGGAUGUGAUGCCUCUCUGAUGCUACAAGGGAACAAUACAGAGCAAACUGAUCCAGGAAAUAGGUCUGUUGGAGGGUUUUCAGUUAUAGAUUCGGCAAAAAGAGUCCUGGAGAAAUUCUGCCCUGGAACUGUUUCUUGUGCAGAUAUAAUAGCUUUAGCUGCUAGAGACGCUGUUGAAAUAGCUAGAGGACCAAGGACUAUGAUUCCUACAGGUAGGAGAGAUGGGAUGGUUUCAGUUGCUUCAAAUGUCAGACCCAACAUUGUGGACACCAGUUUUUCAAUAGAUGAGAUGGUUAAACUCUUUGCUGCUAAAGGAUUAUCCUUACUUGAUCUUGUCGUCCUUUCAGGAGCGCAUACCAUAGGCACAGCUCAUUGCAGCUCAUUCAGGGGUCGUUUUCAAGAAGAUUCAUCGGGAAAGCUUAGGCUCAUUGACAAAACCCUUGAUAGUGACUACGCUAAUGAGCUAAUGAAACAGUGUCCAGUUGGUGUUCAACCAUCUGUAACGGUGAACAAUGACCCUGAAACAUCUAUGGCCUUUGACAACAAGUACUACCAAAAUCUUCUGUCCCACAAGGGGCUAUUCCAGUCAGAUUCUGUUUUGUUAAGCAAUGAUAACACAAGGAAAUUGGUGGAGAAUUUUGCCAAUGAUCAAGAACUUUUCUUUGAAAAUUGGGGUCAGUCAUUCUUGAAGCUCACUAGUGUUGGAGUAAAAUCCGGUGAUCAAGGUGAAAUUCGACAAUCUUGUGAAUCAACUAAUGCUUGAGGAAAAGAAAAAUGUGGUGUAUCAACCAAGGUUCACUAAGCAUUAUGGAAAAUACCAUCCUAACAAUAGUGUCUUCAAAUGA